GCUUCUAGACAGUGGAACCUGAAAUUGACACAAGCUUUAACAGAUUCUGGUUUCACACAGAGCAAGAAUGAUUAUUCUCUUUUCACAAAAACAGCUAAUAACAAGCUAGUAUUGGUUCUUGUUUAUGUGGACGACUUGCUUGUUACAGGGUCUGAUCUACAAGAAAUCAAUAGAGCUAAGCUUGAGUUGCAUAAAAACUUCAAAAUGAAGGACCUAGGAGAACUGAGGUAUUUUCUGGGAAUUGAAAUUGCAAGGUCAAGUGAGGGAAUCCUCAUAUCACAAAGGAAGUAUGCUCUGGAAAUGAUCUCAGAGACUGGAUUGAGUGGUUCAAAGCCUAAGUGGACACCAAUGGAGCAAAACAUGAAACUAACUAGUAGUGAGUAUGAUCUUAAAUUCUCUGAAAAAUCUGAGGAUGUUCUUUUGGAGGACAGGAGUGUCUAUCAGAGAUUGGUGGGAAAACUCUUGUAUCUUACAGUCACAAGGCCUGAUAUAUCAUAUGCUGUUCAGUCCUUAAGUCAGUUUAUGCAUGCUCCUAAACGGUCUCAUUAUGAAGCUGCUUUGCAUGUGGUAAAGUAUAUCAAGAGUCAGCCUGGGCUUGGUCUUUUAAUGUCUAGUAGAGGGGAUGAGAAGGUAGAAGCAUAUUGUGACUCUGACUGGGCUUCUUGUCCUAUGUCUAGAAA